UGCUGGUUGGACACUAAAAUGAAGUGGUUUCUACGAGCUGGGUUUAUAUCUUUUGUAAUAUCUUCUUCAGGUAAGUACGAGGGCCUAGCACUAGCGACCUUAUUAACCUUGUACUGGAGGAGAUGUAGGAAUUCUAAGGCCAUUGUACCAAGCCCUGUACCUCGCCCUGUGCUUGACAUUAGUGACUACAAAGUGUCAGUCAUAGAUACAGCAGAACAAUGUGAGGCUUACUUUAAGAGAUUGCAAGAUACCACCACUUUUAUUGGGUUUGAUUGUGAAUGGGUCAGUGAUAAUCAAAGGAAUAAUGAGAGCUCUUAUUAUCCUGUGGCAUUACUCCAGUUAGCAUUUCCUAAUAAGGAAUGUGCUUUAGUCCGAUUGUCUAAAAUUGGAAGGUUAACAGAAAGUUUACAGAAGAUAUUGACUGAUAAAAGUUCUUUUAAAUUUGGAGUUGGAAUUAUGAAUGAUGUGACUAGACUCUGUGAAUGGUCUGGGACUCUCACUGUUAGUUGCAUUGAUUUAAGGAACGUUGCUUUUAGAUGUGGUAUAAGGCGAAAUAAUGGCUUAGGAGGAUUGUUAGAACAACUGACUGAUAGUGUCUUAACUAAAUCGAAAGAAAUAACUUGUAGCAAUUGGGAACGUGAUGUCCUCAGUGAUGAUCAGAUUCUAUAUGCUGCUAGAGAUGCUAUUGCUGGAUUGAUUAUACUUAGCAAACUAGCAGAGCAUAAGAAAAGGAGAACAAAAAGUGAUUCAUGCCAGACAAUGAAGAGUGACACAAUCAGUGAAGAGGAGAAAUCUUGUGUAUUCUCAUUGUGUCAAGGCAUCAUUGAUGUCAAUUAUAACAUUAGGAAUAAUUCCCAACCUCAGAAGCCACAAGCCAGUGGUCGUACAGCUGCUUACAGUAUAAGGCAGAGCCCACUUUAUUACAAUUGCCAGCUAAUAGCUCCUGAUGGAACACUACUAUCUACUGUUGAUAAAAGGAAAGUUGAAUGGUAUCUCAGUAAAGAGCUUGGAGUACUUGUGAGUGAAGAUCCUCCUGUAUUGCAAUUGUUGUUUGAGCCAUCAGGGAAGCCAAAGAAAGACAGAGAAUACUACUUGACAGAGAAAGAAAAUAUUUGUGUGGUUUGUGGAAGAAAGGACAGCUACAUCAGGAAAAAUGUAGUGCCUCAUGAAUACAGAAAAUUUUUUCCUCCUAAGAUGAAGGAGCAUCUGUCACAUGAUGUUCUUCUCUUGUGUGUGACCUGCCAUCAGUUAUCGACUCAUCAUGACAGCAUAAUAAAACAACAAAUAGCAUUAGAAUAUUCAGCACCACUGGAAGCUAGUACUCAGAAGUUUCACGAAGACCCAGAAAAAGUUAAACUCCGAAGUUUAGCCCGUGCUUUAAAAGGACACAAAGAAACGUUACCAAAGAAGAGGAGAGAAGAUAUAACAGAAACUUUAGCUAAACAUUUUAACUGUGAAAAAGAUGAAGUGACUGAUGAUAUGAUAGAGGAGCUUCUGAAAAUAGAAACAAGAUUGCACAAUCCCAAUUAUGUUUCACAUGGUGAGCUGGUAGUAAAGGCAGUAAAGGAAAGAGAAGACUUGGUAGAGUUUCAACAAAGAUGGCGUCAACAUUUUCUAGACUCAAUGCAGCCACAAUAUCUGCCAAAACUUUGGAGUGUUUAUCACAAUCCACAAUAGCCACAGAAUUUGUUAGAUUUUUAUGAUAAAUUGCUAAAAUUGGAAUAUUAUAA